GCGGCGCUAGGGAAGCGCUGCCGGCUGGAGGAGCGGUAGCAGCGGGAGAGAGCGCAGCCCGCUGUAAACUGCUCCGCUGUCCGUCGGCGCUCUCCCCGCGGAGGCAGGGGACCUGCUGCGGGGUGAUGGAGAAGCAUGGGUACCCUUCCUAUAGCGCCCGCAGCCCGGCCUGGGAGGAACUGGAGUCCGGGAAGAUGGCCGGGGCCGAGUCGGGGAUGAGCGGCGCUGGGAUCCCGCAACAGCCUCAGCCCCAGACCCCGGCGGCGGUAGCGGGGCCGGCGGACGAGUCGUCAGACAGCGAAGGGGAGCACGAGGGCCCCCAGAAACUCAUCCGGAAAGUGUCCACCUCGGGCCAGAUCCGCAGCAAGACAAGUAUAAAAGAAGGAUUACUACUGAAGCAAACCAGUUCUUUUCAGAGGUGGAAAAAGCGUUAUUUCAAGCUUCGAGGUCGUACCCUUUACUAUGCUAAGGAUUCAAAGUCUCUAAUAUUUGAUGAAGUUGACCUGUCAGAUGCCAGCGUGGCUGAAUCAAGCACAAAGAAUGUCAACAACAGCUUCACGAUAAUCACUCCAUUUAGGAGGCUAAUAUUGUGUGCUGAGAACAGAAAAGAAAUGGAGGACUGGAUAAGCUCUCUGAAGUCUGUUCAGUCCAGGGAACACUAUGAGACCGCACAGUUUAAUGUGGAACAUUUCUCAGGGAUGCAUAACUGGUACGCCUGCUCCCAUGCCCGACCUACCUUCUGUAAUGUGUGUAGAGAGAGCCUUUCUGGAGUCACUUCUCAUGGCCUGUCUUGUGAAGUGUGUAAGUUUAAAGCCCACAAAAGAUGCGCUGUCCGAGCAACGAAUAACUGCAAAUGGACUACCUUAGCCUCAAUUGGAAAAGAUAUCAUUGAAGAUGAAGAUGGUAUAGCUAUGCCCCACCAGUGGUUAGAAGGUAAUCUGCCCGUCAGUGCCAAAUGCGCCGUCUGCGACAAGACUUGUGGCAGUGUUUUACGCCUGCAAGAUUGGAAGUGCCUUUGGUGUAAAGCUAUGGUUCACACUGCCUGUAAAGAUCAAUAUCCUCGUAAAUGUCCACUUGGCCAGUGUAAGGUAUCCAUCAUACCUCCAACAGCACUAAACAGUAUAGACUCUGAUGGUUUCUGGAAAGCCACAUGCCCGCCAUCCUGUGCCAGUCCUCUUUUAGUUUUUGUUAACUCAAAGAGUGGAGACAAUCAGGGAGUAAAGUUUCUUCGGCGAUUCAAACAGUCCUUAAAUCCAGCUCAGGUGUUCGAUUUAAUGAAUGGAGGACCUCACUUAGGCUUGCGGUUGUUUCAGAAGUUCGACAACUUCAGGAUUCUUGUGUGCGGCGGCGAUGGAAGUGUGGGUUGGGUCUUGUCAGAAAUUGAUAAGCUCAGCUUGCACAAGCAGUGUCAGUUAGGGGUGUUACCCCUUGGUACUGGAAAUGACCUUGCUCGUGUCCUUGGCUGGGGAGGAUCCUGUGAUGAUGACACUCAACUUCCUCAGAUUUUGGAGAAGUUAGAACGAGCCAGCACAAAAAUGUUAGACAGGUGGAGUAUAAUGUCAUAUGAACUGAAAUUACCAGCAAAGCCUUCUAUUCUUCCAGUGACUGCAGAAGAGGUGGAGGAAUGCCAGAUAUCUGCUUAUGAGGACUCAGUUGCUGCUCAUCUGGCAAAAAUUCUCAAUUCUGAUCAGCACUCAGUUGUCAUAUCAUCAGCCAAAAUAUUAUGUGAAACUGUAAAGGACUUUGUUGCUAAAAUAGGGAAGACUUAUGAAAAACCAAUGGAAAAUGCAGAGGAAGCUGAUGCCAUGGCCAUUAAAUGCUCUGAGUUAAAUGAGAAGCUCGACCUAUUGCUUCAGGCUCUUCACACAGAAGCCCAGGCUGCUCCCAUUCUCCCAGGCAUCAAUCCUCCCAUUGUGGAAGAAGACGCAGAGGAGUUUUCAAGCGAAGAGUCUUUGUCUGAAAGUAAAGAGCAAUUAGCAGAGUGUGUCUCCAAGUCUUCCACCCAGAAACUCUUCAAACCAAGGGAACAGUUAAUGCUUCGGGCAAACAGCUUGAAGAAAGCUGUGAGGCAGAUCAUUGAGCAAGCAGAAAAAGUUGUGGAUGAGCAGAAUGCUCAUAGUGAAGAACAAGUGGACCAGUCUCCACUAGAGUACAGCAAAGAAUUGGAUGAAGCAAAAGAAGAUGAAAAAGAGGAAGAUACAAAGGAACUUGAGUCCUCCUCAAUUAAAACUGCACCAAGAUCUCCAGAUCGACGUACAAGCAGAGGUAUCCAUUCUCAGACAGGCUCUUUCUCUGCUCCAGCUUUAGCUGCAAGUAAGGAAAACCUCCCAGUGCUUAACACUAGGAUUAUCUGUCCAGGUUUGAGGGCUGGUCUAGCUGCUUCUAUUGCAGGAAGUUCAAUCAUCAGCAAAAUGUUGCUGGCCAACAUCGAUCCGUUUGGUGCUACGCCCUUCAUUGAUCCCGAUCCAGAUUCCCUGGAGGGAUAUUCAGAAAAAUGUGUCAUGAACAACUACUUUGGAAUUGGGUUAGAUGCAAAAAUUUCACUGGAAUUUAAUAACAAGCGAGAAGAGCACCCUGAAAAGUGCAGAAGUCGGACGAAAAACAUGAUGUGGUAUGGAGUACUUGGCACAAAAGAGCUACUGCAAAGAACUUACAAGAACUUGGAGCAAAAAGUUCAACUCGAGUGUGAUGGACAGUACAUCCCUCUUCCCAGUCUGCAGGGCAUAGCUGUGCUAAACAUUCCCAGCUAUGCUGGUGGGACUAAUUUCUGGGGUGGAACCAAAGAAGAUGACAUAUUUGGUGCUCCAUCAUUCGAUGAUAAAAUCUUAGAAGUUGUUGCAGUGUUUGGCAGCAUGCAGAUGGCAGUUUCAAGAGUCAUCAAGCUGCAGCACCACAGAAUAGCUCAGUGUCGGUCAGUGAAGAUCACCAUACUUGGCGAUGAAGGGGUUCCAGUGCAAGUGGAUGGAGAGGCAUGGAUCCAGCCCCCGGGAGUGAUUAAGAUCGUGCAUAAAAACAGAGCUCAGAUGCUAACACGAGACAGAGCCUUUGAAAACACCUUGAAGUCUUGGGAAGACAAACAGAAGUUUGAUUCCUGUAAACCUGUCAUUCGAUCUCCCUUGUACCCUCAGCAGGCUGUUGAUUUGGCUACAGAAGAAGAAGUUGCACAGAUCCAGCUGUGCUCACAGGCUGCAGAAGAACUUAUUACCAGGAUCUGUGAAGCAGCAAAAAUACAUGGCCUCUUGGAGCAGGAGCUUGCUCAUGCUGUUAAUGCAUGUUCACAUGCAUUAAAUAAAGCCAACCCAAGGUUUCCUGAGAGCCUUACCAGAAACACUGCCACGGAGAUAGCUGUCAAUGUGAAGGCCCUGCACAACGAAACUGAGUCUCUGCUAGUAGGAAGAGUUCCUUUGCAGUUAGAGUCUCCUCAUGAAGAACUGCUGUCUGAUGCGUUGCACAGUGUGGAAACAGAGCUGAGAAAACUUGCUGAGAUUCCUUGGCUUUAUUAUGUUUUUCAACCCAAUGAUGAUGAGGAUCCCCCUCUGGAUUAUGCUAAAAGAAAUAACAGAAGCACAGUCUUUCGCAUAGUGCCAAAGUUUAAGAAGGAAAAAGUUCAGAAGCAUAAGACCAGCCCUCAGCCUGUUCAAAAAUGGGGCACAGAUGAAGUUGCUGCUUGGCUGGAUCUGCUCAGUUUGGGAGAGUACAAAGAAAUCUUCAUCAGCCAUGACAUCCGAGGCUCUGAGCUUUUACACCUGGAAAGGCGAGAUCUUAAGGAUCUGGGGAUAACGAAAGUGGGUCAUAUGAAGCGAAUUCUCCAGGGAAUUAAAGAGCUUGGCAAGAACACCCCUUUGUCUGAAGUGUAAUCAUGCUAGUGCUCUCCCUAGAGAGAGAGAUGAGAAAGUUGCUGGAGAAGCAAAGCUGUGGCAGGCACUUUGCUGUCUUUGUGGUUUACUCAAUGAAAGAGUAAGCACCAGUGUUUGUACAGGCUAAUAUCUCUGAAUUCUUGUACGGUGAAGAGUUUGCUGCAAGAGGAUUUGUGCCAAAAAACAGUAAGAGGUGAUGCUGUGUCGGUGUGGAAACUUGGCCAGUUUGGAUAAGCACAGUUCUGGUAAAUUCAUGGGUUUAUGGUGAACUGCAGUGACUGGAAAAUAUACUCAAGAAACGAUUGCUUUGCUUGCCUACAGCUCAGUAUGCCUCUCUUUAUGCUGCAGCAAGAUACCACUGUACAGCAUGAGGUUGUCCAGUUAUCCUUCCAAGGCAUAGCUCCAUAAAGCCUCCUGUGCAGGAGACCAAGAGGUUUUUAAGUUCAAGAUGCCAGCCUAGCAGUGCUGCAGGUACCCAGACUCGCUGGCCACACAGAAAGGGGGAGAGAUACCUUGUGAUACCAUGAAUGCAAACUAUAAAUGCAUGGUGUGCCUGCCUGAAUCAUCUGUUGUUCUGUUGCAUGACACAUCUGAUACUUUAAACACUUGAACAACUUUUAUAUGGGUUUGAAUGGGAUUUAAUUUAUUACUACUUGAGUGUCCUUUUUUUUUUUUUAACCCCCUCCCCCUUCCAGUUUCAGGCACUUUUCUAUUCUUCAGUGUUGUUUUAUGCCUAAAAUGUGUUCUACAGCAAAGGAUGUGUGGGUGUGGCAAUUCAGCCUUUGUGCCAUAUUCAGCAGAUUAUAUGCAUUAUAUAUGAUUGAAACACUGUACAGUUAGAUUUUGAACUAGACCAUGUACAGAAGGUGUAUCAGGUAAACUAACUUAAGAGUAUUUUUGGAAGACUGGUACCUCACAAAAAUAUCAAUUGGCUUCCUGCAUGGAAAAUCAUAAACAAUUCCUCAUGGUGCAUUUUAAUGUAGUUACUGAGUUAACCUUAAACAUCUGUAGCAUAUUUGAACUUUCAGGCACUAACAGUUUUAUUUAUUCUAUUGUUCAAAAAGAAGGCUGAAAGAGUAAUGAAAACUUUUUUUGCAGGAUAAUUAUUGUUGUUGUUAUUAUUUAUCAUACAUAAGAAAGAGUUUUCAAGUGUAGCAGCUGAUUUGGUUUUUGUGGGGUAAGCUUUUACUCGUUAUUAAUGAACUGUUAAUUUAAAAGUGUCUCUGUAUGCAUUUCUUUAGUAAGGCAUCCAUUUGUUUCUUGUCAGCACUCCUGCAUCAGUAGAUCAUUAACCUCCAAAAAGCAGACUCUGAUCUUACACUAUGCAUGCAAACGUUGAAUCACAUGCAAGGCAUUAACUCAUGAGUGUAAACAGGUUGUAAACCGAAAACCAUCUUCGCUUAGGAACUGCGUCAUACCAGAGUUUAUUAGGUUAUUUGCAGCUCACUUAAAUGAAACAGUAGCUUCAUAAUCGGUUUUCCUGCUUAAUUUUUCACAAAAAAAUAUUUAUCUAGUAGUAAAAUAAAUGGUGUUAGCUACAGGAAAAAAAACAACCCAACCAACCUUAAAUGUUGAGAUGAUAUUGCACAGAAUUGCUGUCUCUUUGCUGUUCCUAAAAUACAUAUCACUGCAGCACGAGGAAUGUCUGACUUUCAAUUAAUAGAACAGCUUUGACAUUUCUUACAGAUUAAAGGGUAGCUUUGACAUUUCUUACAGAUUAAAGAGUAUCUUAAUAUCUACUUAUAUUUUCCUUGCAGGCAGCAAAGUUUCACUUGGUUUUAUUCUCCUGUUCAAAGGGGCAAUGUCAAGUACUGCAUCCUGGUUUUGCCCUCCCUUCCUAGUGAGUAUGAUUGGAGUUGUCCCAUAGGAAAGUAGAUGGUAAUCAUCCUUUGGAAAGUAAAAUCUAUUCCACUCAUUGUUUUAUUAUGGAAAAAAAAAAAACAAAAGGAGCAAAACAGGUCUCACAUAUCCAAUUACAGUACUUCAGGCUCUUGCUUGCUGUAGGUUAAACAGACACCACCCUGGGAGCUCUGUGAACAAAACUGAUUAUUCUGGUAAGCAAACAAAAGCAAAAGAUUACAUUUCGUUAGGUUUUCCACCAAAAAAAUCUCCAACCCAAAAUCCCUUUGCCAAGUGCCAUGAUUGUCAUGCUGUUCUGUGUGGAAACAACGGGAAGUUAGGCAAACAAUGGAAAGAUGAUGUGUGUUAUUUGACAUGUACUUGACAUUCACCCCUUUGAUGAUGUUCAGGUGGCAUCCAUCAAGUCUUAGCAGGUUCUGUGUCCUUUAGCCUUUGUUUCCCUGUAAGCUCUUAGCAGGUUCUGUGUCCUUUAGCCUUUGUUUCCCUGUAAGCUCUUAGCAGGUUCUGUGUCC